AUGGCCAAUUUUCAAAGCCUGCCCCCGGAGAUCCGGCAGGAAAUCUACCUCCUCGCCACACCAGCUCGUGUGGUCCAUCUCAAAACUGUGGUAUCCGGUUGCAAGCAUUCUCAUUGUCGUUUGCGGCUCUGGAAUUAUGGAGGAAGCCUCCACGACUGGCUACAACACAGAUGCCCCUUGAAACAAUAUUUCUACAGCAAUGCUCCAAUCCCAGUCCUUCUUCAUACAUGCAUGGACUCACGAGCCUUUCUUGUGAACAAGGGAUACCAGCUCGCUUUCAAGACCAGUACUCAGGAGCCAAGAACGUGGUUCAAUUAUGAUCGAGACGUCUUGUUUAAAGAUGCAACAUAUUGCGGCGUUGUGCAGCUCGAUUCUGAUGAAGCUGCGAGAGUGCGGCGCCUGGCUCUUAAUUAUUCCACUGGUUGUCUCUACAAGCCGAUAGAAUAUGAUGAGCCGCCCCCCCUACAUCCUUGUGAAAAGGACUGCUUGUAUCCACUUAUCGAGGAUUUUCCAGCCCUGGAGGAGGUUCUUCUGGUUGACUGGAAGCGACAUACCUUCCCCAGGGAACUAACAAUGAACACAGGGUAUCCUGUCAACCCUCCUUCGAUGCGACAUCGUUACGAUACAACGAAUCUCUGGAAAUGCGUGAAAGUCGAGGAUAGUUCCCUGUUGCGAACAAUGCACCACGACCUUAGGAAAGCAUACGACGGACCGAGAAUUAUAAAUCCGUUGGGAUAUGGUCCUGCGCCCAAUAUUACAGACUGGGGUACUUUCGGCAAUCGGAGUGCAUAUCUGCUGUUGGAACUUGCUAUCUGCCGGAAGAGCCAAAAGCACUCUGUUGGCGAGUGGAGGGCGCCAAAAAUGAUAACUCCGGUGCAUUUGAUCGACGAAGGACAGGAAGAGAUCCUGCAGCAGAAACAAAAGAUUGCUCUUGAUGAGUUGCGUCAACUGCGGAAAGACUGGGCUCCUGCUCUAAAGGAGAGAAAAGAGCGGAUAGAUGCCGGGGGUGGUGUGAUUAGUCAACGUGAACUGCGGUAUCUUUGGGCAAAUCCCUGGGAGAUGACGUGCUGGAUCGAGAAGGAUAUAUUUUCAAGUUCUGGAUCCGAAGUCUGA